GAAUAUUGUAGUUUAUAAGGUUUUAUAUUAUGGAGCACGAGAAAAGCCCCCAGGCCCAGUAUCUUCUCCGGUGAAUCUUGGCUGAUCCCACGCUCAGUAAUUUGGGAACAGUCACUGAUUCCAAUAAAUAUAACCAAAUACUCAACCGUAUUCUACCCUUUUCCUUCAUUUGAGCAUCAAUUGAUCCUCUAGCCGUGCUUGGAAACCCACCAUGACAGCAGAUUCUACCGCCCUAAGUUAUUGGUUGAAUUGGAGGUUCUUCCUCUGUGCACUAUGGAUUUUAAUUUCCAUGGCUCUAGCAUCAUUUUUAAUAUGGAAGUAUGAAGAACUCAGUAAAUCAAGAACUGCGAGGGGAAGAAGGCAGCGAGAAACAGCUGGGUCGCUAUAUAAGGAUGAAGCAUGGAAUACAUGUCUUAAAGGAAUUCAUCCUGCUUGGCUGCUUGCUUACAGAAUAAUUUCUUUUCUUUUCCUUUUGGCUUUGCUCAUUGCCAAUGUGGUUGCUGAUGGAGGUGGCAUAUUUUACUUCUACACUCAGUGGACAUUUACUUUGGUCACUAUUUACUUUGGGCUUGGGUCUUGUUUCUCCAUAUAUGGAUGUUUCUUUAACCACAAGAGCAACACAGUCAAUCGAGCUUAUUUAGAUGCAGAACAAGGCACUUAUGUGGCUCCUACACUUGAUGGGACCGCAGUAAUACCUAGCCUGUACAAAACUUCCGAUGCCUAUCGGGAACCUCAGACUCAGAAUUAUGCUGGUGUAUGGGGUUAUGUUUUUCAAAUAAUUUUUCAGACUUGCGCAGGUGCUGUAGUACUCACUGACUCUGUAUUCUGGCUCCUCAUUUAUCCAUUUCUGACAACAAACGAGUUCAAUCUGGAUUUUUUGGUUAUUUCUAUGCACUCCAUUAACGCUCUGUUCCUCCUCGGUGACACAUCAUUGAAUGGCAUGAGAUUUCCAAUUUUUCGAUUUGGAUAUUUUAUCUUGUGGACGGCUAUAUUUGUGAUUUUCCAGUGGAUCAUUCAUGCCUGUGCUUCAAUUUGGUGGCCUUAUCCUUUCCUUGACUUGUCAUCCCCGUAUGCACCCUUAUGGUACUUAGGUGUCGGUGUACUUCACAUUCCAUGCUAUGGCGUCUUUGCUUUGAUAGUGAAGUUGAAGCACUUGUGGUUGUCAAGAUCAUUUCCUGGGUCUUGUCAGUUUGUACGGUGAUGAUACAUUCCACGAUAUUAAUCAUUGAAAUUUGAAGAUUAGAUUUCGAUCCCACCCAACCCCUCCCUUCCCCCAGAAAAAAAUGUGUAGAGCGUGCCAUAUUUUU